AUGUCUGCGACCCAGCGUGCUGAGAAGAGAAAAGUGGACCUCGAGCGUCGGAUCUUCAACCCUGAGUGGGAGAAGUACUUCUUCAUCGAGCGCUUUGGACAGGCCCAGUGCCUCAUAUGCUUGAAGACUUUGGCUGUCCUAAAAGAGUACAACGUGCGCCGCCACUGGGAGACAGAGCACCGCUCGUCAAACUUCGCGUCGAUGUCUGUCACCGAAAGGAAGGACGCCAUCGUUAGACUAUCAGGCAACUUGGAGAAACACAUUUCGCUCUUCUGCAAGCAAAAUGUUGAGGCUGAAAAGGUGACCCGCGCCAGUUAUGAAGUCUCCCGCAUCCUUGCUCGCCGAAUGAAGCCAUUCGCGGAUGGGGACUUCAUCAAGGAAUGCCUCCUCGCUGUAGUGGACUCCGUCUGUCCAGAGCAGCGUUCCGCCUUUGAGAAAGUGAACCUUUCGUCCCGCACCGUUCGUCGCCGCAUCGAGGAUAUGUCGGACAACGUGCACGACUCACUCAAAACACGCAGCUCAAAUUUCGUCGCCUUUUCCCUCGCUCUGGAUGAGAGCACCGACACAAAGGACACGGCCCAGCUGUCUGUUUUCAUCCGCGGCGUCACCGCUGACCUUCAAGUGUGUGAGGAAUUCCUCCAGCUUGUCCCGCUGCGCGACACCACCACUGGGCAAGACAUCUGCGACGCCGUGCUUCUGUGUGUUGAUCAGCACUCCCUGGACCUCUCCCGUCUUGUGUGUGUGACGACCGACGGUGCCCCGGCGAUGGUUGGUGAGAAGAAGGGCGCCGCUUCGCUGCUAGUGCGUCACUGUGAAGCCGCCGGGUACACUCAGCCCAUUAACAAGAUGCACUGCAUCAUCCACCAAGAGUCCCUGUGCGCUAAGUCUGCCAACCUCGUUGGUGUCAUGUCUGUCGUGGUGAAGGUCGUCAACUCCAUCCUCUCCCGCAGCCUUAACCAUCGUCAGUUCCAGGCACUGAUGGAUGAGGUGAACGUGCACUACAACGACCUGCUCUACUUCUGUGAGGUACGCUGGCUGAGUCGAGGGGCCAUGCUGUCUCAGGUGUGCGACCUUCAGCAGGAGAUUGCCACCUUUCUACGUCAGAAGAACCUUCCCCACGCUGAUCAGUUCUCUGAUCCGCGGUGGCUAGCUCGCCUGGCCCUGCUCACGGACAUCACGGCGCACCUGAACACCCUGAACGUGAAGCUGCAAGGCAAAGACAUUCUCGUGACAGACAUGUACGCGCACAUCACUGCCUUCGAGGUUAAACUGCGCUUGUGGAAGGCUGAAUUGGCUUCUGGUCAGUUUGUGCAUUUUCCUCGCCUUGCUGCAUGUGCCCCUGACGAUGUGGACCUGGGCACUUGUGUUAGUGUCGUCAACUCUCUACGUGAGGAAUUUGCUUCCCGUUUUGCAGGAGUCAGGGUGCUGGCUGCAGACUUCAAGCUUUUCACUGCUCCCUUUGACUUCCCCGUGGAAGACGCCCCUGCCUCCCUGCAGAUGGAAUUGGUGGAGCUGCAGUGCAACGAUGAAAUGAAGGCGAAAUUCCGCAUCUCUUCUCCGUUGUCCUUCUUCCGCGACAUCGUUCUCCCUUCUAACAAUUUUCAAAAAUACAUUGCGCAUGUCCAACGCAUUGUGGCCAUGUUCGGCAGCACCUACUGCUGUGAACAGCUCCUCUCAAAAAUGAGAUACACGAAGUCUCACCUUCGCUCCCAACUCUCGGACCGCCACCUCAAUGACAUUCUUCUGUUGUCUACCUCAACCAUCAAGCCAGACAUGGAAAUGCUUCUUCAUGGCAAACAGCACCAGCAGUCUCAUUGA